AUGUGGUUUUCACAAGGCAUCCUCGGGGCAUUGUUCGUUUGGAUCCCCGUGCUAAGUAUCGGCCGAUGUUGCAAAUAUACCAGUGCCUUUUUGAAGAUGCUCCAAUUUAUAUUCUACAGUUUCAACUAACCAUCACUAAACCCUGAUAUUUUCUAUCUUAAGCAUGCUGAGACCGUCAUCUUUGUUUAUAAGAUUGUCUGCGACGUCUCCUGCACCAGCAUUUAAGAAUUCUGACUUCGCAGAAACCGCUUGAUUUUCGCGAAUGAUCAUGCGUAUUCAUUUUUCAUCCGCAGACCACGAGGAGUUUAGAAGUAAUGAACUGCCCGAUAAAUGUGGACAACGUCCUGACCUACAAACACCAGCUGGGAACUAUACAGAACGAAAAAAGGAGGCCAAAGAACAUGCAUGGCCCUGGCAUGUAAGUAAACAAAGACUUUACGUCAUUUAACGUUUAAUUUGCAUAUUUGCACAAUGCCUAAAGUUUGAAAUUGUAAGUCACUAUGCAAAAAUGACAAACAGUGUCUUAAACAUUUCAUAAAAUAUUUUGCGAGUUAAUUUUGCAGAUUCAGCAGGAAUUUAUGAUUCUAUUUCUCGUCAAUAGGUUGGAGUGUAUACUUCAGCAUUUGGGACAUAUCCAUUCUGUGGAGGAACCCUAAUCGCGCCUAAAUGGGUUUUGACUGCCGCCCAUUGCGUCAUUAUGGCCCUUGGAUACGACAAUGCCACGCUUGGUCAGCUCUUUUCCUACCAAGAAAUCACAGGCAGUGCUAUGACUGUUUUUAUUGGAUCUCAUGAUUUUACAAGGCAAGAUGGUCCAGCGUACAGAAUCCUAGUGGAGCAUGUAAUCAUGCAUCCAAAUUUCCCGCUUGAUGGACCGAAAAUAGGUUUUGACGUUGCGCUUUUAAAACUGACUCGUGUGGUGAAACCAUGUAGGCUUGCCCAUUUUUUCAAAAUGUUUUUGUUUAAGUCCCUGUAAUUUUCCUCGUCCCAUGUACAAAGCUCACCACUUAUGUACUUUUUAUAGUAUAUUCAAAUAUAAGAUCAAAACUAUUGAUAGUUGAUAUUUUAAAUCACUACAGUCAACUCUCCGUAUUCGCGGGGGUUAGAUACUACAGAUAACCGCGAAUACUUACACUCUAACUAAUACGUGAAGUCCCUAUAAAGGCGUUAAUAACUCCCAAGUAUGCCUUACACUUCGGUCGAUGCACAUUUAUAUGAAAUAUUAACAGAAUAUUUACUACUAUUGCCAAUCGUAUCUUUGACUAGAAAUGACUAUUUAAGCAGAGUUGUAAUACUAUUUAUUGUUAUGAGGAACGCCUAUAGAUCGCGUUAAGGAACUUACACGCUCCGUUAUGCCUUGGAGCUCCUUCUUGAGCCUCGUCAGCAAUUGCAUCGCGGCGCGUGAUAAAAGAAGAACGGCAUUACCGAAAAAGACUAGGGAGACAAAAAUGGCCAUUUCUAGCUCAUUAGCCGUCACCAGCGAGGGAUACCCAACGCAGAGGUGUGGAACACCUGCGUUUCGAAGCGCGAUCGGUGGGCGCCCCUCAACCAUUAUAUAUGCCCAAUCGCAACCAACAGAACAACCAGCACGUGACUUUGUGGUAUGAGACGUUGGACUACCAACCAACAGGUUGCGGGAUCGAGCCGCAGGUGUUCAACACGUCGGAUUGGAUUUAGCUAGCUAAUGACAACUGGUAAGCCAGAAAUGGCCCUUCUAGUCUCUUUGCCUUAGUCGAUAAUGCAGCUCUGCCAAUACUUGUUAUCGUGGAACAUAAUACAGUGACGAUUCAGUCACGUCAUGAUGCCGGCUCUUGAAAUAGGCGUUUUCUCGGAGCACGCAAAAACUGCAUAUUAGCAGUGACAACUUAAUUAGGACGUUUUUUCCCCAUUAGUUUUUGAUACUUUGAGAAAUUAAAAUAUAUUUUGUAUGAAACAUGCCUAGAAUUAAUAUUUUACGUUGACUUGGUGGUUAUGACGUUUUUUUUUAAUUUAAUGCAUGAUGAAAGAGUAUAUUUAGGUUUAAAAUUGUUCCUUGCUUCCCGAAAUCCCGGAAGCCACCUGCUGUUUCAUUUGUAUUCAGGGUUUCGAUACCACAAGCCGUAUACUUUAUGCGUAAAAGGAGCAUGUUUCGCUGUGAUGUAAGGAAGACGUCAUAUUGGGCUCACACAGUAUUGCAAUGGGUGUAGACCAUGUCAUUCACCUUGCAUUCCUCAGUAAUAAAAGUGCCGAUGUGAGGCUGAACGAUUGGCCACUUCACGGUCGUUAAAGUCUUAUAAACUUAUAACCUUUUUAGAACCGAAAGAUGCAUUUGGCGUAGAAAGUAAAUAUAAAAAGACGUAAUUUCCAGCCAACUGAGUAUAAGAAUGUACAUUUUUAUGCAUGUUUUGCGAAAAACAAAUUUAAGUUUAUUAAGAUAUCGAAGAUGAAUGGGAAAAAUUCAUAAUAACUGAGCACGCUAUUCUAGAAGCGUAAUUUUGGUGCGGGUUGGAAAGGAGAUCUUUCAGAGUCUGGUAUCCUGACAUGAGUAAACUUUCUUGGGAUUGUGCUGUAUGCUAGUCAGCAUUGGAGCUCUACUUAAAUAAUCCUUUCUAAUUGAAAACAAAUUCGAGAAUUUCGGUUACCGUUUCAUGGGUUAGCACAUUCAUUGUAUCACUCUAAAACGCCUCAAUAUUAUUAACUGUCCCACGUUGAUAAUUGCGUUCUAAAGAUAAUAAAUAAUUUUUAUCAUUAGGAGGCCACUGUACGCAAAAUAAAUCAUCAGAAUAGUCUGAAACCCCUCUCCGUUAAUCUGAAGUUUAUCAUUUCACAAAACCUUCCCUUGACGAAAUAAUUAUGACGGCGAAAUAGAACUUUAAUUCUGCAAAAACAAAAUAUGUUGUUUAAUAUGCACUGUAUGACUAACAAAAUGACCAUGGGGCAAAAUAUAUACUAACAUAAAGUAGACUCUAUGUCAGGCGAGUCUUAUGCGAACGGCCUGACAGUAAAAUCAUCUCCAUUACUGAGCACGUUUUCUCAGACAAUUCUUCAGCAAUUUGUUCCAGAACGUUCAAAACUUUCAUAGUUACUUGAAUUCCGGAGGGUUACUCAAAGUUUAAGAAAAUUGAGUAAUCUAAUGGCUAUAGAAUUUUUUUGUAAUAAUUUGACAAGACGUAUACUGUAAUAGAACCUAUAAUAAAACCGACUCAUGUGUAGAGCUAUCUCCUCACACAGCAGCGCAGGCCGCAUUUGCGUGUCUGCCUGAUUCCGGAUUCAAACUCCCAAUUGGACACCGCUGUUAUAUCGUUGGAUGGGGACUGAUUGCUAAUCCUCCAAACAAACCCUCCCAACAGCAACCAGAAGUGCUGAUGGAAAAGCCCGCAAGAAUUGCACCGAUAUCGGGCUGCAAGAAAGUCUUCUCGUCAUUUAAAGCAGACGCUCAUGUUUGCACUGAGCAGGCAUUUGGGGUAAGAGGACGUUUUCACUAUAAUUCGGCACAUAAAGCACAACGUAUCACAUGUUUUUGUAAGUUUAGACCUCAUGUGUCGGCGACAGUGGAGGGGGAUUGCACUGUCCCACAAAGGAUGGCAGAUGGACAGUGUAUGGCGUAGCUUCCUUCGCUUCGCCUGACUGUGUAGGAGAAUUCUACGGGUGUGUUAAAAUGGACUCUGUGCUCAGCUGGAUCAAGGAAACCAUUGUCAUCGCUAUCUAG